GAAAAAAUUAUAGUACUUCGCAAGUGAGCUUACAGUUCUAGUAUAAUACUAGUAGGUACAACUCUCAAUUGCCAAAAAUGGCUGUUAUUCUUAACUUCGAUGCUAAAGAGUACGAGAAGAUUUGGCCACAAAUAUUAGCGAUUGUAAUAGGUGGUCUAGCUGGCUUUUCAAAUGGACUUCUGUUCUCAUGGUCUUCACCAUUCCUAAUCAAAAUAACACAAGACAAAGUCAACUAUGAUAUCACAGAACACGAAGCCUCCUACUUUAACACUAUCCAACCAAUCGCUUUGAUGAUAGCCUGCCCUAUUUUCUCGAAACUAUCAGACAUUAUUGGCAGGAAGAGGACCUUACUCCUGAUUGUCAUUCCUCAAAUAGGUAGUUGGUUGUGUGCAGCUUUAGGAAGAACUGUUUAUACGUUCUACGUAUCAAGGAUGUUUUCUGGUAUAGCUGAUGGUUGUCUCUAUGCCACACUGCCAACUUACAUUGGAGAAGUAGCUAACCCGACAGUUAGAGGGAUAUGGGGAAACGCAGUAGCCUUAUCUAUAAUUUCGGGGGAGUUCAUGAUCAACGUAUUGGGAAGUUAUUUAGGAGUUACAACAACUUCUUGGGCGUGUUUACCAAUACCUGUUUUAUUCUUUGUUCUGUUUUGGUUCAUGCCAGAGUCACCUUAUACUUACAUUAUGAAAGGCAAAGAAGAAGAAGCAAAGAAUUCUUUAAGGUUUCUGAAGAGGAUAAAGAACGUUGAUGAGAUUUUUGAGAAUUGUAAAUAUGCUGUAGAGAGACAGUUGUCAGAAUCGGGCACUUGGAUUGAUCUUUUCAAGGAAAAAAGCAAUAGAAAGGCCUUGUUUGCUGGAAUAUUUUUACGACUGAGUCAACAAAUGGCUGGCGACUCAGUAUUUUUGACGUACACUCAGUUUAUCUUUCAAAAAUCCGGUAACAACAUGAGUCACGAAGAAGCUUCAAUAGUCUUUAUGGGAUUAGCAGUAACAUUGAAUUUAUUAUCAGUAAUUUUUGUAAUCAAUAGAUUCGGAAGGAUCUUUUGCUACACGGUAUCUAUGGUUACUACCAGUGGAGUACUUUUUGCAAUGGGUGCCUACUUUUACAUAGAUGGAAACACAAACAUCGAUCUCUCUUCCGUAAAUUGGAUCCCUCUGGCUUGCAUGAUGUCCUACCUCCUAUUUGCCUCCAUUGGCAUUGCAGUUAUUCCUACUUUAAUGCUUGGGGAGUUGCUUUCUGCCAGUAUCAAGUCUAAAGCUUUGACUAUAUUAUUAAUUACUUAUGGCGUGGGAAACUUUUUAACCAGCACCAUAUUCUACCAAUUAAAUACACUUCUUGGUUUCUAUGCUCCGUUCCUUUUGUUUGCAAUGUCUAAUGCUGUUUGUGCUGUUACGUCACGGUAUAUUAUACCUGAGACCAAAGGCAAGAGUUUAGAAGAAAUACAACAAAUUCUUAAAGGGAAUUUGAAAAACUAAACAAGUUGAUACUUCUUUCAAGAAGGAAUAGAAAGGUGGCAUAGCAUCAGCAAUGGAUCCGAUGGAAUAAAGAAGGGGUACUUAUCAUCCAUGACAAUAUUUUACAAUUAAUAUAUUAUUUAUAAUAUUUGUAGUUAAAUAAAUAAAUUAUUUAUCAAAA